ACGUGAAUACAAACCAAUAAACUGUCGCUGGUCCGUACGCUAACCACCGCGCAGUCCAUAAUACAUUAUUAUCCGUCCUCUGUAUCAUACUGUGUGUAUGGUGUUUUUGAUGUACACGGCGGCGCACGUUAAACAUAAUAUUACACGUCUAUCAAUGACUAUCGUUUUAUAAUUAUUAUUAUUAUUAUUAAUAUUUUUUUGGCGUCAUGUUCAAAUACAGCCAAGGCAGAGACCGAUUCGUGCCCGAUCGACAUCGCAGCCCGUAUUCGUUUUAUUCGCUACACCACAUCACCGUAGAUCACCAAUACGAUUGCGUGUCCAACUGCGAUGAAGAAUCCGAUUUCCUGGAGCCGUUCGAGUGCGAACGGCAGCAAGAACAACAGCACCGAGCUUUUCGCCAACUUCAGUCGUACAUGUCACUGGAGUCCAUUGGCGGACACUUGUUGCGGCACGUGCUCAACCAACGUAACAACGGUUCGGAUAAGAUAGACCUUUCCACCGUAUGUCGGGACGUUGACUUGACGUGGCCCAUCCGGAUGGUUGGCCAGAGACGUUUGGCUCGGAAGUCCAAUCACGCUACCAACAAAUCACUGGUAGCCGAUCUGCUGUUGGACAUGCCGAAUCUGUCCAAUGACUGGAUGACCAAGAUACUGGACUGGAGUUCGACGGGCUACUUGACGGCGGCCAUACAAUCGUCGAUACACUUGUGGUCGUGCCAAACCCAGAGCGUCCGGUACACGAUUGUUGCGGUGAUGGACACGGACGACCCGACGCAGGCCGACGACGGGGCCGCGGUGAAAACCGUCAUCGGCUGUCUGAAAUGGGACGCGCAGGGCGAAAAACUGGGAUAUUCGUUCACGGUGGAACGGGGCGAAGUGCCGUCGUCCGACACGUCGGGCGAAGCGUGGGACGACGGCGGCCCGUUUCCGUACACUCUCUUGGAACGAAUGAACGCGUACGCGGCACGUGAUCGGCGAUCCGCGGAGAGGGAUGACGCGGACGUGACGUACUGGUCUCCGUCCAUGAACGCGUCAGUCGACGAAACGUCGCGAAACGCGGCGAAGAGCACCGGGUACAUAAAGGUUUGGUUAUUGAACGCACCGAAUGACAACUCAAAUUAUGAACAAAAAGCAUCUAAUUGUGGUUGUAUAACCGGUGAUACGUGCCAACGGUUCAAUGGAUGCAAAAUUAUUGUCAUGGAUUGGUUAGCCAACGGUCGUGUUUUAGUGACAGGAUGUACGAGGGCCACAGUGACAUUUUUCAGGUACGAUUUCGCCCAAAAGAAAUUGAUCACUACGCGCAUUAUACACAAGAUGAACCAAAAUACGCUAAUUACCUGUCUGCACGUGUCGCAGGACAAAUGGAGUCGUCACUUGGCCGUAGCCACCUAUUCGCAACGAGCGUGUGUGUUGAAAGUUUGGCGUAUUGAAGACCCGCUGGAGUUAUGCCCACAUCGCAAUCGGUGUUUCGAUUCGAGUAUCAACGUGACCCAAACCUUGACCGACCGAUACAACAGUAAACAGCGUGGCGAUUCUAACUGGCUGAUAAAGGCCUUCGCUUGGCACCCGUGGAAACACGCUUUGAUGUGUUACGCUGUCACAUCGACCCCACAAGACGGGAUGCAGAUGUACGUCAAUCGUAAGUCCCCGUCGUGGUUGGUGUUGGCGAAUGCGUGCAAGGGACAAGUGUUGAAGCGCAUCGAACAGACCGCAAGCAACUGCUGCCCGACGAUGAACAUACUGCACGUAAACACGCACUCGAUGACGUUCAGCCGACUGACUGGCGAACUUCUGUUGUCUGCCACGACCGUGUAUAGUGUCAGAGAUAAUGCAUAUUCCAGUCCCAUUUUAAUAGAAAAACACAGCGUCGUAGUGAUGCACGCCCUAGACCGAAUCGUCGAGACAUUGAGUAGUAGCCAUACGGAUCGAGGACUGUUUUUCGCGUGGAGCCCAGACGGAAAACGUAUAGCUUUGACGAGUUCCGACGAGUCAUUGAGAAUAUGGAACUUCUGGCCGUCCGGUAACUUCCAACGAAAAACCAACAACUGUCCGCCGCACGUUUACACCGCGAGUUCGACUUCCACGGUUACUUCGGGCCAUCUCACGGAAGACGGAGGCCUAAACAACAACAAUUACCGACUUAUACACAAUCAGAGCUCUCAAAACAGCCAUUCGGCGAUGUCUGAGCUAUCAUUGGAUGCGGCUCGCAUAAUAAAAUGAUAGGCCGUUACGACGUGCGUUUUGUGUGAAUUAUGCGUCACGCGAUGCUAAGCGUGACAAUAAUAAUUAAGCAUUUAAUAAAAGAUUUUCGAGUCAAUUAAUAUUAAGCAACUAUAAGAGGUUAAAUUUUGUUAACCAUUACACUUGGCCCAAGGUUGGAAAACACCUACUUAACUUGUGGCGACUUUUGUACCCAUAUCAAUCACGGAUAUAUUACAAUUUUAUCGUUGCUUUCUUUGUCUUUCUUUACACUUGUUUAUGUAUAGAUAUAUAUUUAUAUUAUAACUUCGAACUCCGUAAUCUAUAAUUCUAUUUUUCUUUUUUCAGUAAUUAUUUUACGAAUUUUUACACGGUGGAUACGUUUUUCUCGGUUUUAUUAUAUAAAUUUAAUUUUAACUUUGUAUUUUUAUAUUUUUUUUAUUACUUAUUAUUAUCGUUGAACGUAUAUAAUUACCAUUAUCAUUAGUAUAGAGUUUUAUGGGUGGUAUUCGAGAUUUGCAAAUGCUAUACAAUUUAAUUUUUACACACUCUGCAUUAUGUAUUACAUUAUAGUACGUCUUAUUAUUAUUAUUAUUAUAUUAAGUUUACUACAGUGUACUAAUAGCUAUGAU